AUGCGCUGGACCCUGAGUCGAUCAUUCACUUCUAUAUCGAAACCAUUUCGUCGAAUUGAAUCUCCUAAACAACUCGCUCGCAGAAUGACUUCCCUCCCCACCACCUACGAUGGGUCCGUCCCAAUCGCUGUGAUCGGCGGCACCGGUCUUCGUGAGCUACCUGGCUUCACCCAGGUCGCCUCGUUGACCGUGGAGACACCUUGGGGCACUCCCUCCUCCCCUAUCACCAUCCUGCACCACGAGUGCAAGCACAACGGCAAGACCGUCGCGAUCGCUUUCCUGAGCCGUCACGGUCUGCACCACCAGAUCGCUCCCCAUGAGGUUCCCGCUCGCGCCAACAUCGCUGCCCUUCGCUCUAUCGGUGUCCGUUCCAUCAUUGCCUUCUCCGCAGUUGGAAGUCUGCAGGAGGAGAUCAAGCCCCGCGACUUCGUCAUCCCCGACCAGGUCAUUGACCGCACCAAGGGUGUGCGGCCAUGGACUUUCUUUGAGGGUGGUGUUGUCGCUCACGUUCCCUUCGGUGACCCCUUCGAUGAGGGUAUCGCCAAGGUGGUGCGUGAGUGUGGACACAGCCUCGACGGCGAGGGUGUCGUCCUGCACGACCGCGGCACUAUCAUCUGUAUGGAGGGCCCCCAGUUCUCCACCCGCGCCGAGAGCAAGAUGUACCGCUCCUGGGGCGGCAGCGUCAUCAACAUGUCUGUGCUUCCGGAAGCCAAGCUUGCCCGUGAGGCCGAGAUCGGAUAUCAGAUGAUCUGCAUGUCCACUGACUACGACUGCUGGCACGAGUCCACCGCCGAUGUGACCGUUGAGAUGGUCAUGGGCCACAUGAAGGCCAACGCCGACAACGCUCGCCGCUUCAUCACUGCUGUUCUCGAUGCCCUGGCUGGCGACGAGCACACUGACCUCGUCCAUGCCAAGCACCUAGCUGGUGGUAUCAAGUUCGGUGUUAGCACUCCCCAGACUAAUUGGUCCCCAGAGGCUAAGAAGAAGCUGGACUGGCUGUUCCCUGGAUAUUGGUAG